AUGACGCACGACGCGCAGGCCGACGUUGCCCACGACCCAGCGCGUGUAGGCCCACUCAAAUCCAGCGAGAAGACCACCAGACGCUGGCGCCCAAACCCUCCCCAUGCCGCAUCUGCCUGGAGCCCGCACAUCCCAAACAUCCACAGCGUCUGCGCGCGCCCCGCGCGUGAGCGCAGGAGCGCACCCUUGGACUCGGGCAGCCCCUACCAGUCGAGCCGGAGUAGACUGGGCCCCAGGAGAGCCCCAGGUGGCGGAAGGGCAGCCGACAAAGACCGCGGUAGCACGCUCUCUCCCGGCUCCAGGGCGGUCGUGCGGGAUCCGGAUGGAGGACCAUGGGGCUUCCGGCGGUCGGCCACGAGGAGGACGUGCGCGACGAGCAGGCUCGAUAGCUUGAAGACGCGCUUACCGAUAUGGCACAGCUGCUUCACUCAGCACAACGCUCAGCACCGGUCAAAUAGGAGUGGAGGCGGCGGAUAUUCGCCCUGGACAGAAAUAGACAGAACGUCGACAUACCAGCACGACACACCUUGGCCUGCGCAAGAGGCGUUCCCUACCCCCGCUCCCGAUGUUGCACCGACGAGCACGUCCGAACGAUUUGUCUCCGUGAAGGGGACGUCGCUCCGUCGCUCUGUGCGCCUUGCUGUUCGGAAGGCCCCGUAUAUCGACAAUGACGACUGUGAUGCGGACGAUCUUACCAAGGAGGGCUUUCCGGCCUCAGGCAGGUUUGAAGAAGUUCCACCCACGUCGGACGACGACGACAGCAGUGAGGAUGAGAGGUCUGAGGUGUACUGCUCCGCCGUCGGCAUGGAGCUUAUCAAGCACAUCCCCCCACCCCCUCCGCAACAGCCUGCAGCCCUCCGUAAGAAGAUCAAGAACCGGAAGGACAAAGAGCGCAAGAAGCGCGCUGCGGCAAAGAAGAAGGCGGCGGGCGGGCCUCGGACAACGGCUGCGACCAUAACGGCCUCAUCAACCGCGACGGACGCCGCGACUGCUUCCGCUCCCGCCCCAACCACUACCGCCCCAACGACGCGCUCCAUGACGCUCUCGUCCACAGCUACCGGUGGUGCCACCAGCUCCCUUUUGUCCACAGUCCUCAUCUUCGGGCCUAGGACGGACCCUUCGCUUACCACGCGUACUGUCACCAUCCGUGUCCCUCCUCUACGCCCCAACCCUCUUCCAAGCUCUGAUUCCCUUCAUCAGUAA